AUGACAGCAACCUACAGCAACAACGUCACGCCCAACAAAACGGUCGAAAAGCAAGCCCUACUCUACCGCCAAAAGACGUUCUCGACCUACAAAGAAGCCCUCAAGAACAUCACAGCCGAAAACUACGAAGCCGUCCUCGUAACAGGGGGUCUUCUCCUCGCGCUCGUCCCCGGGCCAGCCACCGACACGGACGAAGAUCAUCUCGAAUGGGUGUUCGGCCUCCUCAAACUAAGCGAAGGCCUGCGUAUCCUCGCCUCUCUCCGUUGGGCCCAAGGCAUCGAGAAACUCUCAGUGUAUCCGUUAGUACGUCGAGAGAUCAAGACGCUGCCACCCCCACCCAUCAUCGACGUGGCAGCCAUCGAAGCGCCCAUCGGUCCUCUGGGAACGACGCCUGAUAACCCCAAUCCAGCACCGACAUACACGCCCAUCCAUUUCCCUACGCAGAACCGCCUCUUUCUUCCACCACCCCUGAUGCAACUCCUCCAAAGCGUUAUCCGAGGAAAGGAGUCAGGAACACUAGACUGGCACCGACCAACCCUUCUCCCCGUCUUCCACGCGCUAUCCCCCAUCUUCCUAUCUCUGUAUUACUACGGGCUAGACUCUGACUUCUACGUCCGCAUCUUCGUCUGGACAUCCUUCCUCAUGCCAGACUACCUCCAGUUGAUGCGGGACAAGGAACCAAGGGCUUUGGUUCUGUUCGGGUGGUGGUUGACGCUGGCAAAUCUAGCGCCGAAGGGGUGGUGGACGGGGAAGCGACCAGUGAGGGAUGGUGGGUUUGCAGAGCGCGUUCUGGGGAGUGCGUUGAGGAUUGUUGAUGUUGUGGAUAGGGAGGGGAAGGAGGCGGCGGCUAAGGCGGUGUUUGACGAUUGGCCUGGUGUUAAUUGGGAGGAGGGACCGGGUAGGGCUCAGGCGUGGGAGUAUGGCCAGCUGGUAGAUUUGGGGGAUUUGGAUGGCGGUUUGGAUAUGGAUGCUGCUGUGGGUAUUGAUCUACAGGAGCUUGGUAUAUCGGUUUAA